AUGUCUUCGAACUCUUCUUCAAUCAAUUCCUCCUCUAAUCAGAUCCUUCCAGAAGAUCGCCACGAGCCUUCAGAGCCGAGCUCUUCCUCUUCACAUCCUCGUUCAUCUGACUCUUCUCGGGAAGAAAGCAAUCCCCCACAGCUAGUUCGUAAGAACUCUAAGUCGGUGGAUGCGAGCAGCAGCCGUGCUAGAGUUAGGGUUGAAGCUACCGAGCAGUUGGUGACAGAAACUCGCGAGACAGAAGCUCGUGCUGGACCGAACGCUGGUGGUAUCGACCACGAGAUCGAAGAGGUUGAGGAACCUGAAGGAGAGAAUGAGGAAGAGAACGCUACUGAGGCAGAGGUUGCCGAGGACAACCUUGAAGCAGUGAACCAUGCUUCACCUCCGCUUCCGAAGCGAAAAAUCGUUCGCCCCAACAAUGUGCCGUCUUCUUCUGUCACUCCGGGUGCUGUUCAGGCCGUGCUCGAGGAAAAUGGGCUCUCGGAUCAAAUCGUCUUUAUAAUCCCAGAAGCUGGAGAUCGGCCGUGGGACGUCCCCGAGGGCUUCCUCUGCGUAUACUUAACUUAUUUCACGCAAUGCGGGCUCUCGUUUCCGAUCCCUUCUCGUCUCCUUGGGUACUGUAACCGGUGUGGAGUAGCCCUCACACAAGUGAUGCCAGCUUCAAUAACGAACUACGUAGGGUUCGUAUCUCUAUGCGACGAGCUCGGCGAGAUCCCAACCAGUCGGCUUUUCGAGGACCUCUUCUCGGUGAACAUCCACAAAUCCAAGGAGUGGUUCUUUGCUGCAAACGCUAAGCCAAAGAAGAACAUAGUUACUGGGCCUAAACCCAGUCGUCAUCUCCCAAGCAUUAUCCUCAACUCCGGACUCACAUCUGAAUUCGUAGAAGCCUUCAGCGAAGCCGGUAAGCGUCGUUGGCCCGAAGUUUGGGAAGAAAUUCUCCAACGCCGAUCUAAGAAAGCAGCUUCUGUCCGAGAAUCGAAACCGCGGAAGCCAAAUGCUCGAGCUAACAAGCCCCGAGCUGCUCCAAGACGCAAAGUGCCAAAACCGCAGGUUAAACGACCUCGAACUGCCAGAAUGCUUUCCUUGGAUGAGAUCCCGACUCUCUUUGACGAAGAGGAACCGAACAAUGCGGCCCCGAUCCCCAUCCCUGCUGCUGAAGUGACCGAGGAGCAGCCUGGAGAACUGCCGCCGGUUGCGAACUCCCCUGACCAAGCUGGUCAGAAGAAGCUGAAGAAGAAGAAGUCUUCAAAGAAGAUUAAGAAGAUCGAAGACUCUUCUCGGGCGCAAGACGCUCCCGCUGAGCUCGAGGCAUCAACAGCUGUGGCGUCAGACCUCGCUCUCCCUCAAGAUCGAGCUGAGGCUUCUCACUCUCAAAAGAGACAAAUUGGAGAUCGCGCCGAGGGUUCCCCUGAGCCAGAACCAGCGAAGAGGGCGAAGGUUUGCUUUGACUAUGAUGAGGAGACUCCUUUCGAGGAGAACAUCGAUGCCUGCGCCGAUAUCUACCACAAGAUCUCUUCUCAGGUCCCUAGUCUCCCGGCAGUGGCCGAGCUCCGUUUCCCUAAUAUGUACAAGGGGAUCGCACGUAUUACCGCCGUGCUCACCAGUCAGACCAAUAAUUUGGUGGCGGCGUACGAAGUAGCUCUCUACGACGAGCAAGUUAGGGUUGCCGAGCUCGAGGAAAGGGUCUCCAAAGCGGAAGAGCGCCUUGCCACCGAGCUACAAAUCAACGAUACUCUCCACUCUUCGGUUGACUUGCUGAAGCAGGAGAGUGCAGAACUGAAAGCGGUGAGGAAAGAGCUGACCGAGGCCCAUAAUAUGCUUGCUCAGGAGUUCGAGAAAGAUCGAGAGCGGCUGCGAGCCUUGGUGACCCACUGGAAGGGUCGGGCUAGGAGUGUCCACGCACAAGCUUGCGAUCGUUUGGAGAAGGUGAUCCGCAGCUUGGAUGAUGCUGAUCGAGCCCGCAAGCCCUACUUGGUGGUAAAUCAGCUUACUGGGGUUCUGGGCUUCAUCAAGCAGCUGAAGAAGAAAGGUCUAUACGAGGUCCCGCCUGAGAUGAUCGCUGACAUUGAGGCGAAACAUGCUAAGGCUCUGGAGGAGUUCCGUUUGGUUGAUGCCUGCAUUCUUACGGAGGAAACCAAGCGGAUGUCCCCGUUCGCGGACGAUGAUGAUAUUCCGGCCGUGAAUGUGACCCAAAGCGCGCAAGAUCCUGCGAGGGGCGAACAGUUUGGUUCGAACGAGGAUAUACUCAACGCCGAUCAAGCCGCAACCUCAAAGAACGCUUAA